GCUGUCCUCCCCAUAACUCACAAAAAUAUUAAAAAAAAAAAAAAGCUAACAAAAACCAGUCACCUCGUUCGCUUCGAUAUCAAACGUAAAAUUUCUCACUAUCGCUUCACCCUACCAAGAUUCUGCAACGUUAAGGAUUUGUUUGUUGGUAUCAAAGAACUUGUGUUGAUUGUGUAAGUUUUGGGUUUCUUGAUUGAAUCAUCGAUCACCGAAACCCGAGCGAUGGAACCGUCUUUUGAUCGUCGUGAGGAUGUUGUGGGAUUGGGUAAAAGAGGGGUUGUAAUGGAGUCUGAUGAGAGAGUUUGUAAAGUUCUUGAAAAUGGGGUUGAUCAUUUAAGAAGUGGUAUAAGUUUGAAUGGUGAAGUUGUAGGAUCAGGGGUUGUAGAUGAUGGGAAAUUUGGAACAAAUGUAGUGGGAUUUGGUGUAGAAAGGAAUGUUUUUGAAGUCGGUAAUGCGCGUGCGAUUGAUCUUGUUGUUGAUCUAAACCAAUGGUCUAUAAAAGAAUCGAGUGUAAGAAAGGCGAGUGAUGUUGAAUUUGCCGAAAAAGAAGGUGAAUAUGAGUUUGCGGAUUUGGUUUGGGGGAAGGUGAAGAGCCGUCCGUGGUGGCCUGGCCAGAUAAUCGAUCCAGCGGCUUUGACGGAUAAAGCAAUGAAACAUUUAAAGAAAGAUGGGUUUGUGAUCGCUUAUUUUGGGGACCAAAAGUUUGCGUUUAAUGAGUUACGCGAUGUUAAACCCUUUCGUGUGAACUUUUGUAAAAUGGAAAGUCAAUGUAGUGAUGAGGCUUUUGUUCGUGCGGUGAAUCAUGCUCUGCGUGAGGCUGCUAGACGUGUUGAAUGUGGAUUAACGUGUUUAUGUGUAUCGGAAGAGGUAUACAAGGAAGUUAAAUCCCAGAUUAUCGUUAACUCGGGGAUUAGGAAAGAAUCUAGUAGAAUAGAUGGUGGGGAUAGAUUCUCAACUUUGGAUUCUUUCAAUCCCGCGAAAACCGUUGACUUUUUGCAAGAUUUAGCGAAAGAUCCGUUGGGGAUGAAUAGAUUAGGUGUUUCAACGGUUCACGGUCAGUUAUCAGCGUUUAAUCGGUGGAAAGGAUAUCAUCAGCUUCAAGUAAACCAAGUUUUAGAUGACAAAUCUGACGUUACUAAUUCUGCACUUCAUUCGAAUGGAAAACCGAAGGCGCGUGGCAGGCCACGUAAGUGUAAGCCGUUGUUUAACGGUGGUUUGAGCCCAAGUAAGAAAGUGAGAAGCAUGUCGGAUUUGAUGUCCAAUGGUAACGAAAGUUUGUCUGAUGUGGAAUAUAAGCCUAAAAAAAGAGGCAGAAAAAGGAAAGCUGUUGAAUCUAAUGGGUCCGUUAACGGAAGUCAAACUCAAACUGCGGUUGAAUUUCUUUCGCAGAUUUACCUGGCUGCCAUAAACCCGAUAGAACGUCAGCAUAAUCUUGACUCACUGGUCAAAUUCUCCGCUGAUUUUAAGGAUUAUCGAUCGAAAAAAGACAAGAAUGAUGGAUUUACUGGUACUAAAGAUUCUUACUGGACCGAUAUGUCCACUGUAACCGAAUCUGAAUCUAGCCUAAAACCAAACGAAGAGAACUCUGCAACUUCAUUAACCUUCAAGUUUACAAAUUUGGAUACUGUGCCAUCCGUAAAGAAACUGCAUGCGAUUUAUAGACGUUUUGGAGCUCUACUAGAAGCAGAGACUCGGGUGUUGAAGAAGAAAAAGUGUGUGAAACUGGUGUUUGAGAGAAAAUGUGAUGCAGAAGCUGCAUUUAGCAGCUGUGGGAAAUUUCGCAUUUUUGGACCGGCUCUUCUUAGUUACCGCCUUAAUUACUUUCCAAAACUCCAGAAAACCGAUACUGCUUGCAAAAAGAGUGUGAAAGCGGCGAAGAAACUGCAGUUUGGAAAAUAGGUAGUGAUUUGGUAAACAUAUAUGACUUUUGACUUUUUAUUGUUUGAUGCCAACUUAUGGUUUUUUUUUUUUUACUUACAAAUGUUUUUAUGUGCACUAGCAAGUACUGCUGACUCUGGUACUGCUUGGUGUUAAACUUCUGAUCAUUUUGGUUUAAGAAAAUAGACAGUUUUGGGAUAAUUAUGGUUUUU